UAAGUGAGCAAAAGGAAUAUGAUAAAGAACAAAAUCAAAUUAACAAUGAUGAGACAGAACAAAUAAAUGAUGACUUACCAGCUGUAAUAGAAGAGACAAUAUCUGCAGCAAGUAAUGGAAAAGUACAAGAGGUAAGAUCUCCACUUCCUAAAAGCCAAAAAUAUACAGAAGAACAAAUAAUUCUUCAGGAGCUUCUUAAUUACACAGAUUUGCCAAAAGAAGUUUGUAUGAGAAUAAAUGAAGAAUUGGUUAAAGUAAAUGGUUCAUGGACUAACAAAAGAUUUUCCAAUGAAUGUCUUCACAACUACAACUACAACCAAACAGAUUGGUAG